AUGCCCGCUGCAGACGUGGACACCGACGACGCGAACGAUGCACAGAAUGUUCCCCCGCCACAGCAACAAGAUCUACAGCUCGAGCGUCUCCUAAACCAGUUCGGUGAAGACAAAUUGAUUGAAUAUAGGGAUACAAGAUGCAAGUCAGAUCCCACAUUCGAAGGACUAGUCGACUCUUUUCCAGACUUUUACACAAUGGAAAAUGCGUCUCUCUGGGUCAACACUAAGGAAUACUUGGGCUGGAUCUCUCAGAGCUUGCAGCAGCGCUCACCGCGAAAGGUUCUUGUGGCUGCCUCUGCACCUUUGAUCAACGGUACUCCUCACACACCUCCUCGCUCGGUCACACGAGCGGCACCGUCUCUUCCACUCGAAGCUAGCUUGUCCCGGUCGUCACCUUCCCAAGCUUCGUCCCCACUCAAAUCCUCUCAUACAGCGACAGCGGCUAAGACUCUGUCAAAACACAAGCGCAAGCGACAGAGUUCCGUCAUUUCCAUCUCGUCGGAUGACUCUGACCGUGCGGGAUUACCGCCUGUUGCGCCCUCUUCACCGCCCACAGUUCAGCAUGCUGUAUCUUCUCCGGCUGCAGUCCCUCCCUCGUCCCCUGUUGAACCUGCCCCAUCAGCUCCGCGUCCCUCUAAACGUCAGCAGAAGAAGAAAGCCCGCAAGGAUCGUGCUCUGAUUCGGAUUACUAGGUUGACAACUUGCUCUGAGCUGCGGCAUGUCACGGAACUUCCUUUCUGCUGGGACGUACCCGAUCACGACGGUGGAAUUGUAGCUUAUUUGGUGGAUCUGAAGGACAAUCCUUGCUCUUGGGAAGAUGAUAGUGGCAAUCCAAUGUCAAUGGCCGCAAUUAUUAGGUCACAGGAUCAAGAUGCUUGGGGCGACGGCUCUGCUGGAUCCGACCGUCCGGAGGAUCUCUCCAAGGUCUUUGCUUUCAACAAUGAUCCCUCUUCAGCCGGAUUUGUUCUCUGCAGGAAAGCAGACGUGGUCUGUCAGGGUGUCCUUCAUUGCAAGCACAUGGACAUGGAUCUUCUUGAUGACUGUCAGCGGUAUGAUGCGAACCCAGAGGAUCGCCAGAAGUUGAUUGACGCUGAGCGUGCGGUCAACGGGCUGAACACGAACGAAAGUGGUGCGAUCAGCUUCUACAACAACGAGGUCAUGCAGAGCAAGUGUAAGUAUGUUGGUGACGAUGGCAAGCCAUGCAAUGGACGGGUAGUCUUGCGAAAGUUGAGAGAGGCCAACUUCGAUAACAAGCACUUCAUGUUCGGCUGUGAAGGAUGGCGACGUGAUGACGCGAAGAAGGCCGACCAUCGCCUUGUCAGUAUACCGGUCACGAUCGACGAAAACCUCGUCGUCGAGUUGUUCCGCAACGACGGGGUUCUCAAGAGUGCAGAUGGUGGGAAGGUAACACUAGCUGGGAAGUGUGCUCAUGUUCGGCCUCGAUCGCAAGGGAAGAACAGCAAGCUUGACUGCCCGUAUGCUCAUGUCGAUGAGAAAGGUAGAUCCCUUCCCGGGAAACUCGUUGUUCGUAAAUGCUCGACAAAGAUGAGCAUAUGGUAUCCUGUCGACAAGGGAGAUAGGCGUGCUAUCGUUCUUCUCAAGAAUGCACACAAUCAUCCUAUGCCUCGUGCUUGGAAGGCUGGAUAUGAUGGUAAAGAACGAUAUAAGAAGGCGGUGAAGAUGGCAGGGACUGCCGGUGCAACGGUGUUGAAGGUUGAUCAGGCUUCGAGUACAGUUCAGAUCUUCGACGGCAUGACACCUGCAGAGUUUGAUCCAGCCCUCAACAAUGCACGCACGAAGCGCGAUCUAGCUCGGAAGGUUAAGCAGCAACAGCAACCGCACGGAACAGGAAUUCCUGGGGUGUUCGCUCGUCAAGCCGAACAACAGCUGCUUCCUCUUGGUCAGCAGUACAUUCAAGCGAUACAUUCCGUCUCUGGUCUCUACAUAAUUGUCACCCUUCUACCCGAACUUGCCUUAUACUAUCACAAGGCAACGGCAUCUUACCACGAUAACACAUACAAGCGACUUCACGGCAACUGGAAAGAGUGGGAGGUGGUCAUUUGGGUGGACGAGUUGAAUAUGCGUGUCACUGUUGCCAGAAUAUAUUGCGAGCAUGAGACCCGCGAGGCCUUCUGCCUUAUGUGGUCCUGUUUUUGGAACGCUGUGGAACGGGCAACCGGACAACCCGUUCAGUUCAACUUCAUGCACGGAGCAGGACUCCUCGCUAUUCUUGUCGAUGGCUGCAAGCCUCAGGUAGACGGCUGCGGUGAUGCGCUCCUUGAACGCCUCCGUGCUUGCUCGGAUGCACUGGUCAGCGAGACAGACCCUCAAAUUGUUGUUCAGCAUAUAGUGAAGCUCUGUUCAGUGCAUCUUGAUCGCAAUCUGCACGAACUGGAAGCCCAUUGUUCCGAAGAGGAGAUGAGAGUCGUACGGCGUUGUAAAACACUCGAGACCCAAGCGGAAGUGGACGAGUUCUGGGAAUUCUGCUAUAGCGCUUCAAAGAAGCUUCGUGGGAUUAAUCUCUCGCUGCUCGAGGGCAUUGACUCUGCACAUAAGUAUGACUUGGGAGUGGCGAAGAAGAUCAAGAUCGCUGAGACCAGCGGAAUUGAUCCUAACCACCGCAACACAGUCGCUCAGCGCUUGCACAACAACACUCUUCGGGCCACAAACAAGAAACAGAAGGUUCAGAACGAGAGCAAUACCAAGGGCAAGAAGAAGACAGCGACAUCUAAGUUCAAGACCGCUGUCGAGGCCUUCACAUCACAGCCCAUUGCGAGCUCAUCGAAGACUGGAGAAUCAACGCAAACGAGCGCCAAACCAGCCCAUAAAGGCCCAUCGACACUUCCAACAGCGCCGAGCAUCCUCGCCACCCCAACUGGACCUCAGCCACAGCCAUAUACACCAUACGGGUAUUAUUCUCCUUAUCCUUACUAUGCUCAUCCGCAGAUGGUGCACCCAGCGUAUCCAUAUGCCUUCACCGGACAACAGCCCUAUCGUGUACCUAGUGCACCUCAACAGCCUUGUCCCUCUGCAUCUCCGUCAUUACAACACGACACUACGACGUCUGAGGUUUCGGAUAAGCGGUGA